AUCAGUUUCGUUUUCAUACGUAAUAGUAAUACAAAUAUGAAUUGUUUUUAUUAUGAGGCGAAGUGUCCAAAUUGUUGGUGAGGAUAACCAAAAAAGGUCCUAAACCUACUUCCUUUUUUCUGUCUAUCUCCGUUUUCACGUAACCAACUUUGUUGUCUUCUCUUCUUUUAAUUCAAAUGUAGAUGAUAAGAUAAAGAAAAGAACUUGCAACUUUUAUGUUCAGAGAAAAACGAUGGCUAAUGCAAAGGAAACAACUUUUUACAUAACAAUCUCUGUGGUUGCUUUUGUCAUUGGUAAAAUCGUAAUCGCUCUUCUUCUCUACAAGAGAUGGCAAAGAAAAAACACAGUUUAUGAAAACGGAUUCCCAGUCAAAGGAGGAGGAAAAAUGGUGAUGUUCAAAUCUCCAUUACUUAACUCUGUUUCCUCCGACAUGUUUAUGAAGAAGUCACAUAAGCUAAGCAACAAAGACAUUCUCGGUUCAGGAGGAUUCGGAACUGUUUACAGAUUAGUCAUUGAUGAUUCAACAACUUUUGCUGUCAAGAGACUAAACAGAGGAACCUCUGAGAGAGACAGAGGGUUUCAUAGAGAGUUAGAAGCAAUGGCUGAUAUCAAACACAGGAACAUUGUAACUCUCCAUGGCUACUUCACUUCUCCACAUUAUAAUCUUCUCAUCUAUGAGCUCAUGCCUAAUGGAAGCUUGGAUUCUUUUCUACACGGAAAAAAAUCAGGAGAUAGAAAAGUUUUGGAUUGGGAAUCGAGAUACAAAAUCGCGGUUGGAGCGGCUAGAGGGGUGUCUUACCUUCAUCAUGAUUGCAUCCCUCACAUAAUCCAUAGAGACAUCAAAUCUAGUAACAUACUUCUUGAUCAGAACAUGGAAGCUAGGGUUUCUGAUUUUGGUUUAGCCACUUUGAUGGAGCCGGACAAGACUCAUGUUUCCACGUUUGUAGCUGGAACAUUUGGAUACUUAGCUCCUGAGUAUUUCGAUACGGGUAAAGCGACAAUGAAAGGAGAUGUUUACAGUUUCGGGGUUGUUCUUUUGGAGCUUCUAACUGGAAGAAGACCAACAGAUGAUGAGUUUUUUGAAGAAGGAACAAAGCUUGUUACUUGGGUAAAAGGAGUGGUAAGAGACCAAAGAGAAGAGGUGGUGAUAGAUAACCGGUUAAGAGGAUCACCAGUUCAAGAGUUGAACGAUGUGUUUGGUAUAGCGAUGAUGUGUCUUGAACCGGAACCGAUCGUUAGACCGACUAUGGCAGAGGUUGUCAAAUUGCUCGAAUACAUCAAACUUUCCAAACGUUCUUCCUUUUGAUGCAUGUCUCUUGUGUCAAUAUUGCUUGCUCGCAUCAAAGCACGUGAGUAAUGUUCUGUAAGAAAACUUAAUUAGUUAAUUUCUUGAAAUCAUCAAAUAAUUCAGUUCCAAUAUAAAAGUUUCGCUGAAGAAAAAAAAGACUUCGAGAUUCGCUUCUUUGAUAACUGAACUGGAAAGCUAAAACUGU